GCAUCGUAGCCCCCACAGAUGUCGCCCUGAUCCGAGCAGUGCCGCGUUCAAAUUUCGAACAGUUGAAUCCGUAUUAUAACUGUUCGCCGGCGAAUUUUACCGCCACGCGACGCUUUUGGCGACGUUGCCACUUCGCGCUACGAAAUACAAGGUAAAUUGUGGUACGAUAUUUGUAGCCCCCUGCGUGUACGUGAAGAGGGCGCAAUGAAGCCUCACCUCGCUGUGUUCGGAUGAUCGUGGAACUCUCUAAGCGUAUGUUAUUUAAGUGUACCACUCUAUUUUAAUGGUUUUGCUAUUACAAAACAAUCGGAAUCCUGCUCUGAUUCAAUCAGGCAAAAACAGAUCAGUCAAGUUAUGUCUGCGCCCAUCGGCAACGGAGAGCAGUCGGUGCAACGUGAAUUGAACACUGUUAUUUGAGAAACAAGGUCCGUUGUGGUCAGCACGACGGAACAGGAAACCAUGCUUAAGGAGCGGCAGAGUUUGGAGGGUUCGCCGUCUACCCCAGACGAGUGUGCGGGCUGCGGGGCGAGGAUACAGGACAGGUUUUACCUAUUGGCGGUGGACCGACAAUGGCACGGCACUUGCCUAAGAUGUUGCGAGUGUCGACUACCUCUCGACACAGAGCUGACUUGCUUCUCUAGAGAUGGAAAUAUCUACUGCAAGGACGAUUACUACAGAAUGUUCUGCGUGAAGCGAUGUGCCCGCUGCGGUAAUGGCAUCACCGCCAAUGAGCUGGUGAUGAGAGCACGCGACAUGGUCUACCAUCUAACAUGCUUCACAUGUAUCGCGUGUGGCACUCUACUCUCCAAGGGCGACGUAUUCGGUAUGAGAGAUGGAUUGGUUUACUGUCGGCCGCAUUACGACAACGCGUGUAUGGACGAGUACUGUGAAGAUGAUAUGAACAGCUAUAGAUGUCAAGAUAUGCACAGCGAAGGUGAAUCUCAAUCACAGUUCUACAACGGAGGACCAAGUCAUAAAGGACGACCCAGAAAAAGAAAACUGGCUCAAGGCUCACCUGAGGACAUGCAAACAAUGCGAAUGACCAGCACUGCGCUCGAGCUACUUCAUAGGGGUGAUCUGUCUUCGUCUAUGGAAUCGUUAGCAUACGAUUCGUCUGUGGCGUCACCUGGCAGCGUCUCGAGCCACACGCAACGUACCAAGCGAAUGCGCACAAGCUUCAAGCAUCACCAGCUACGCACAAUGAAGUCUUACUUCGCUAUCAACCAAAACCCAGACGCCAAAGAUUUGAAACAGCUGGCGCAGAAAACUGGUCUAUCGAAGAGAGUCUUACAGGUGUGGUUUCAAAACGCCCGCGCAAAGUGGCGACGUAACAUCAUGCGACAAGAAUCGAACCAACACGGGCCGAUGGCCGCGAACGGCAACCCGGGCCACUCGGGGAAUACUUCUCUUGUACCAGGGCCGGUGUCGACAAAUGGUGUCCCUUCUGCCAUGAUGCUUGGGGAACCUCUCCAAGGUUUAGACGACUUGAGAGUGCAUACUCCUCACCCGAUAAGCUUCAACGAAUUGUAUUAGUAACCCUUUUCUUAAGAGGAAAGGAUGGGAAGGAACUGGAUUUGACGGUGGAGGAAAUAUUCUCUUUACGUGCGUCUCCU